AUGUCUUCAGAGAAGGUCAACCUCGAGACACCACCUAAAUGUACGGCAGACUUUUGCCUUAUCCCGCUCGGCACACCCACGGCUUCAGUGUCGGCGGAAAUUGCUGAGGUCCAGCGCCUCAUGAAACGCAGCGGAUUGAAAUAUAGUAUGCACUCGGCGGGAACUACUGUUGAGGGAUCCUGGGACGAUGUCAUGCGAUUGAUCGGCCAGGCACACACACUGCUUCAUCGGAAGGGCAUAGUACGCAUCCAGAGUGAUAUCCGCGUAGGGUCUCGCACAGAUAAAGCACAGACUAUGGAGGACAAAGUCGCGGCCGUGGAGAAGUUGCUAGCUGGGGAUGAGGCCUGA